AUGGCCCAGCAGCAAGAUACACACUUCGCCUUUCUUCCACUUGGGGCCAUCAUCCAGGAGUUCCGAGUUGCCGGUAAGAAUAUUGUUCUCGCUCUGCCUGAUGAAGAGGCGUACAGGAAGUACAAUGCACCGUACUUUGGCAGCACCAUCGGCCGCACGACCAACAGGCUCAAGGACAGCGUUGUAAAGAACCUGAACGAUAAAACAUACGUUAUAACGUCCAAAGAAGGGCCGAACUCUCUGCAUGGAGGCAAAGAAGGAUGGAGUUCUCGAGUUUUCGAGGGUCCGAAGCCUGUACAUAGAAAGGGCCGUGAAUCGGUCGAGUUUAGGUACACCAGCAGACAUGGUGAAGAGGGAUAUCCUGGCACCGUUGAGCUGCGAGUCUGGUACAUUGCUGGAAAGCAGGACGGGAAAACGGAGCUGGAGAUUGAAUACGAGGUCGAGUUCACAGGCUCGGACUACUUCAACCUGAGCGAUGAUCGAACGAUCAAUGGCACAGAGGCAGUGCUGUCGACUGAUAAAUAUCUGCCCACAGACUCGACGGGCAUUCCUUUGGGAGCCAUCGAGUCCUACGGCCCAUUGAGAGUCACAGAGCCCUUCGUUAUUGAUGACAAGUGCCCUGAUUUUGAUAGCUGCUUUAUAGUCGAUACCGAUCCCCAGGAUAUUCCACUAGAUACCAGGCCUAGAGAUCUCAAGCUCCUGGCAUCCUUCAAACACCAGGAGUCAAAGAUGCACCUGGAAGUCCUCAGCACUGAGCCAGCAUUCCAGUUCUACACUGGCCAACACGUCGAUGUCCCACCCGUAGGCAAGUACCCAGCCCGAGGCCCUCGAUCGGGAUUCUGCAUUGAGCCCAGUCGAUAUAUAAAUGCACCCAAUGUCCCGGAGUGGCAGAAGAUGUGUCUGCUGAAAAAGGGACAGACCUGGGGUGCGAGGACGCUAUAUCGCUCCUGGAAAGAGAGCCUCUCUAUUCGUUCUCAGUGUCUCUUCUUUUAUAUAUAUAUGCCUCUCUGUGUUGCUAGAGAUGCAUGUUUUGCCGUUGGUCUUUGUGGACUCGUCAAUGAAGAUUGUCAAUUGAAACACAGCCGUGAUCAAAGUGGCUACGUACUUUCUCCUAUCAAUGAACAGACCAGCUCAUUGUCCUCCUCCUCUCUCUCUGUCUCUCUCACUUUCAAUAUCUUCAGUGAAUGGAUUCGAGUGUUGGAGAACAGCUCGAAAGAUGUGCCGCCAGCUCUACAACCAGUUCACCUGCGGCCACGCCAGCUUCGUGCGGACGAAGACCUGCGGCAAGAAACAGUACUGUCCUCGAAUCUACAGAGAGCCGAUUUCCAUCCUCCAUAUCUGCGACGGCUGCGCAGCGAGCAUCCUGAUGAGCAUGAGGAGAGAUUAUCGAUACCUGAAGUAUUGAUACAAAGGAGAGUCUCAUCUGCUCCCAAACAUGCAACAUCUGCCUCCUGA